ACGAUUGAAAAAAUAUCUCAACUACCUUCAUCUGUUUACUGAUUCCCAAUUCGAAACCCUAACUUCUAUCGAAGUUCCAAGUUUCCCAAACCUUUCAAUGGCGCCAAAGGGAGAGAAGAAGCCUGCUGAGAAGAAACCCGCAGAGGAGAAAAAGACCACCGUUGCCGAGAAGGCUCCUGCCGAGAAGAAGCCAAAGGCCGGAAAGAAGCUGCCCAAGGAUGGCGGUGCCGCCGCUGGAGACAAGAAGAAGAAGAGAAACAAGAAGAGCGUGGAGACAUACAAGAUCUACAUCUUCAAAGUUCUGAAGCAAGUUCACCCAGACAUUGGUAUCUCAAGCAAGGCCAUGGGUAUCAUGAACAGUUUCAUCAACGACAUCUUCGAGAAGCUUGCUGCUGAAUCUUCAAGACUUGCAAGGUACAACAAGAAGCCAACUAUCACUUCAAGGGAAAUUCAAACCGCGGUCAGACUUGUUCUUCCCGGUGAAUUGGCCAAGCAUGCCGUAUCUGAGGGUACCAAAGCUGUUACCAAGUUUACCAGUUCUUAAACUUGAUAUGUUUCCAAUGGUUUUCUUGGAUGUAUGCCUCUCUAUCUGAUUUUAGUGACCAUUAGAUUUAGUUGGUAGUUUUUGUUAUGUUUUUAAUUUGAAGUUGUAAGAAAUGGAUCUAGAUGGUCCUGUGUAUUAAUAUAUUGGAAUUAAUGAUAAUAGUAGACUUUCAGAAA